AUGAUCCAAGAACUCCUCGGAGGGACACCCAUGGACCAGCAGCUCAAGUGCGGCGGCGCCAACGCCGCGGACCAGCACCACCCCUCGCUGCCCAUGGUGCUGCAGCCCAUCUCCUCCAACCCGUCCCCCACGUCCUCGUCCACCUCGUCGCGGUCCUCCACGCAGCGGUCGCCCUCGGCUACGUCCUCGCCGCAGGGUCCGCCGGGGCCGGAGCAGGCGCCGCUGCGCUGCCCCCGGUGCAACUCCUCCAACACCAAGUUCUGCUACUACAACAACUACAACCUCACCCAGCCGCGCCACUUCUGCAAGACCUGCCGCCGCUACUGGACCAAGGGCGGCGCGCUCCGCAACGUCCCCAUCGGCGGCGGCUGCCGCAAGCCUCGCCCCAUGCCGGCCCCCGUCGCCAAGGCGCAGCCUUCCUCGUGCAAGUCCGUGCUCGGUGUGGGCACCGCGCCGUCCCUCGGCCUCGGCAUGGGCGUGGGGGUGGGCGGACCCAUGUCCUGGGCCUCCGCGCCGCAGGCCGCCACCGCGCAGCUCAUGGCGCUGCUCAACAGCGCCAGGGCCGGCUACGGCGGCGGCAACGUGCACAGGCUUCUUGGCCUGGACACCAUGGGGCAGCUCCAGGUGCUGCCGGGCUCGGCCCAUGGCAUGUCGCCGUCGCUGUGGCCGCCGCAGCCCACCCACCGGGCGACGCUGCCUCCUCCACCAAUGCACCUCGACUCGCAGCUCGGCAUGGGUUCGCUGGGGCUGGGCCAGGGCCACCACGACCUGCUGUCAGGGCUCGGGCUCAAGCCGCCCUCGUCGUCUCCGUCGCAGCUGGCGACGAGCUACUACAGCGACCAGCUGAACGCGGUGGUGAGCAACGGCAACUCUGUGCGCCCGCCCGCGUACGACUCCCCUGCGUCGUCCUACCCAUGCUCCACCGCGAUGUGCUCCCUCCCGCCGGCCGCGUCGCCCGUCUCGGCGGCGCCGCCCAGCCACAGCGUCGGGAUGGAUCAUCAGCAGCCACCCGUGACGUCGUUCGCCCCUCAGGAGAUGCAGUACUGGAGCGGCGGUCCGGCGUCGAUGUCCAUGGCGUGGCCGGACUUGCCCACCCUCAACGGCGCAUUCCCAUGA